AUGGAAGGGCCCCUGGAGGAUGGGGAUGAGUCGUCUGCCUCCCAGGGCCACGCCACCGAGUGGAGGUUUGCUGUGUGCAGUUUCAGAGAUGCCUGGGAUGAGGGGGAAGCUGCUCUCCAGAUGCAGGACCCCAAUCCUCCGAGCCCACCAGCAGGGGCAGCCCAGGGGGAAGGGCUACAGGGCAGCCCUCUGCCUGGUGAGCUUCAGUCAACUCCAGGACAGAAGGUUGCAGAUGGGUCGGGGGAUGGCCAGAGGGGUGUAUUAGGAGGUUCCUUAGUCCAGCGGGAGGAACCAGCCUCCUCUGGAAUGGAGAUCCUCCUAUGCCCAAUGUUCUCCCACCUUAGUCUGGCACAGGGUGAGAAUGACAGCCAAGGAGGAGGCUUGGCAGGGGACUCAGUUUCAGGCAGGGCAAUGCCAAUCCGCUUGGACCCUGAAGGGUUGGACAGUGACCCUGUGAACCUCGGGGAUCUUUUAUCUGAGACAUCAUCAGAGCUACUGGAGGCAGACCCCAACGGAUCCAGGCUCCUUAAGUCCACUGACUGCCUCCUGGCCCAAGACCUCGCCUGGGAGCUGCUUGCCAGUGGCCUGGCUGCCCUGCCAGGCACUCGGGAUGUAGAAGGCAGGGCAGUGCUGCUUCUGAGUGCCCAUAACCCGGCCUGGCUUCACCCCAAGUGCAGCAGCCAUGAACUCAUCCGCCUCCUGCUCUACCUGCGAAGCAUCCCCAGGCCCAAAGUACAGGCCCUGGGACUGACCGUGUUAGUGGACGCCCGAAUUUGUUCCCCAAUCUCUUCCCUCUUCUGGGGGCUCAGCCAGCUGCAAGAAGCAGCCCCAGGGUCGGUGCACCAGGUGCUGCUAAUAGGAAAGAUGCCUCAGGAGGUGCCUUCAGGGCUGCAGUUAGAGCAGCUGUCCUCUGAUCAGAGCCUGCUGACCCACAUCUCCACCUCGGGGUUGCCCACUUCACUAGGAGGAGGCCUGCCUUACUGCCACCAGGCCUGGCUGGGCUUCCGGAUGCGUCUGGAAACCCUACAGCAGAGCUGCCAGGUGCUUUGUGCCCUGCUCCAGGGGGCCAUUGAGAGCAUGAAGGCUGUGCCCCAGCCCAUGGAGUCUGGGGAAGUCGGUCGGCUGCUGCAGCAGGCACGGGUCCUGAUGCAGCAUGUGCUAGACUCACCUCAGUUGGCAUGGCUACAGUGCCAGGGAGCCUUGGAGCUGGCAUGGCUGAAGCAGGAGGUUCCAGAGGUGACCCUGAGCCCAGACUACAGGCCUGCAGUGGACGAGGUUGAGGAGCUGUAUGGUCGUGUGGAUGGAUUGCUGCACCAACUGACCCUGCAGAGUAACCAGCGAGUACAAGCACUGGAGUUGGUCCAGAUGCUGGAGGCCCAGGAGGGCGAGCUGCACCAGAUUGAAGUGUGGUUACAGCAGGUGGGUUGGCCAGCACUUGAGGAGCCAAGGGAACCCUCAUUGGACAUGCUGCUUCAGGCCCAAGGCCCUUUUGGGGACCUGGACCGAAUUGCCCAGGAGCAGGUCAGGCGAGGGGAGAAACUUCUGCAGCCACUGGUUGGCUGGGAUGCGGCUGAACUGGGCCCCGCUGGGGCCCGCUUUCUGACCCUGCAAGCCCAGCUGACUGACUUCUGUAGGGCUUUAGCCCAGCGGCGGCAGCGGCUGGCGGAUGCUGAGAGGCUGUUGCAGCUCUUCAGGCAGGCCUUGAUGUGGGCUGAGGAGGGGCAGCGGGUGUUGGCAGAGCUGGAACAGGAAUGCCCAGGGGUUGUGCUGCAACGGCUGCAGUUGCAUUGGACCAAGCAUCCUGACUUGCCUCCUGCCCACUUCCGAAAGAUGUGGGCUCUAGCCACAGGGCUGGGAUCUGAGGGUAUCCGCCAGGAGUGCCGCUGGGCCUGGGCGCGGUGCCAGGACACCUGGCUGGCCCUGGACCAGAAGUUGGAAGUUGCUGUGAAGCCAUCACUGACAGGUAGCACAGCUAGCUUGUGUGUCAGCCGGGUACUGGCUGUACCUCCUUCCCCUCCCCUGAGGAAGGCAUACAGCCUUGAUCGGAAUCUGGGACUGAGUCUCAGAGAAUCUGCCCACCACUGCCACCAUGAGGCCAUUGUGGCUGCCUGCCACAGACCAGAGGCUGGAGUUGGUGCCCAGUCAGGGUCAUGCCCCACCAUGCCUCCGCCAGGUGGCUCUGAACCCAGGAGUCCCAACAGACUCCAUCUGGUGCUGGCGGAGAUGGUGGCUACAGAGCGGGAGUAUGUCCGUGCUCUUGACUAUACCAUGGAGAACUACUUCCCCGAGCUGGAUCGCCCUGAUGUGCCCCAGGGCCUCCGUGGCCAGCGCGCCCACCUCUUUGGCAACCUGGAGAAGCUGCGGGACUUCCACCGCCAUUUCUUCUUGCGUGAGCUGGAGGCCUGUACCCAGCACCCACCCCGGGUGGCCUAUGCUUUCCUGCGCCAUAGGGUGCAGUUUGGGAUGUACGCACUCUACAGCAAGAAUAAACCAUGCUCCGAUGCCCUGAUGACCAGCUACGGUCACAUCUUUUUCAGGGACAAGCAGCAAGCACUGGGGGACCACUUGGACUUGGCCUCCUAUCUGCUGAAGCCCAUCCAGCGCAUGAGCAAGUACACACUGCUGCUGCAAGAGCUGGCACGGGCCUGCGGGGGAACCGUGCCAGAGCUGAGUGCCCUGCGGGCUGCCCAGAGCCUCGUGCGCUUCCAGCUGCGACACGGCAAUGACUUGCUAGCCAUGGAUGCCAUCCAGGGCUGUGACGUCAACCUCAAGGAACAGGGGCAGUUGGUCCGACAGGAUGAGUUCACGGUGUGCUCUGGGCGCCACAAGUCCCUGCGUCGUGUUUUCCUCUUUGAGGAGCUGUUGCUUUUCAGCAAGCCUCGCCGAGGACCCAAAGGCAUCGACACAUUUGCCUACAAGCGCUCCUUCAAGAUGGCAGACCUUGGCCUCACUGAGUGCUCUGGGGAUAGCAACCUGCGCUUUGAGGUCUGGUUUCGCCGUCGCAAGGCCAGGGACACCUUUGUGCUACAAGCUGCCAGCUUGGCCACGAAGCAGGCUUGGACAGCUGACAUCUCCCGCCUGCUCUGGAGGCAGGCUGUCCACAACAAGGAGGUGCGCAUGGCUGAGAUGGUGUCCUUGGGUGUGGGGAACAAGGCCUUCCAGGACAUCACCCCCAGCAAAGAAGCUAUCAACGACCGCACCGUCAACUAUAUCCUGAAGUGCCAAGAAGUUCGCUCUCGGGCCUCCAUUGCUGUGGCCCCAUUUGACUAUGACAGCCCUUACCUGGGGGCCUCAAGCUCCCUUUCUGGAGAUCCUGCUUCUUGCUCUGUACUGGGGUCCCUCAACCUGCAUCUGUACAGAGACCCAGCUGUUCUGGGCUUCCGCUGGCCCCUGUAUUCCACCGGCUUCCCAGAGGAAGCAGUACUGGAGACUGAAGCUGAGCUGGGCAGCCAGCCAUCUUUGAUUCCUGAGGACUCAGAGGUCUCCUCCCAGUGCCCGUCAGCCAGUGGCUCCAGUGGCUCGGACAGCAGCUGUGUGUCAGGGCAGGCCCUGGGCAGGGGCCUGGAGGACUUGUCCUAUGUGAGUUCCAUUUAG